UCAUUUCAAGAGCCACAAAUGGCCCCCGGGCCACAGUUUGGACCCCCCCUGAUAUACCAGUAAACAGCUGCUGCUUCCUGUGUGUUUUUUCCUCAUGAGUGCGCAUUACCGUCCCUCUGAAAACAAACAUCAGCCUGAAUCCACAGCAUUCAUCAUGCAGCAUACCACGCCUCCCUCCUCCUCCUUCUUUUUCUCCUCAGCCAGCCUUUGGCUUGGAAACAUAAUGUGAUCAGCAUGCCAGUGGAGGCCCAUCCAACCAAAAAGUGGGAGUGCUCCAUCCCGCGAGCCGAUUGGCUGCCCUGACACUAAGCAGAUUGAGGGAGCAGUCUGCAGAUCCGGGAUUAGAGGAUUCACCAGAAAAGACUCAACAUUAAAGACUCAACUUGUCUGCCUCAUAAUGGUUGUUCCUGAAUCUCAAGGAGAAUUGUAUCACCCUCCUCCUGACCUACAGAGGGAUGCACAUGUGCCUGAUUUCAGCUCCUAUGUGGGAAUGUACAAGAAGUCUCUGGAGAAUCCAGAAGCGUUCUGGAAGGAGGUUGCAGAUGAGUUCUUCUGGAAGAAACCAGCCACCGGUCCAAUGCUUCAGUACAACUUUGACGUGACAAAGGGCAACAUAUUCGUCAAAUGCAUGGAAGGAGCCAAAACCAACAUGUGCUAUAAUGUCUUGGACAGACAUGUGAGGGAGGGGAACCUCGGCGAAAAGGUCGCCUAUUACUGGGAGGGGAACUCACCUGAACAUCACACGACUAUCACCUACGGACAGAUGCUGAGUAGCGUCUGCCGCUGUGCCAAUGUGCUCAAGAGAAUGGGAGUGAGAAAGGGAGACAGAGUGUCCAUCUACCUUCCCAUGAUCCCAGAGCUCGUCUACACCAUGCUGGCAUGUGCACGGAUAGGAGCCGUCCACUCUGUGGUGUUUGCAGGAUUCUCCUCAGAUUCUCUGUGUGAGAGAAUAAUGGAUGCCCAGAGCAGCGUUCUGGUCACAGCAGAUGGUGUUUACAGAGGAGACAAACUGAUCAACCUGAAGCAGAUCUCCGAUGAAGCGCUGGAGAAGAGCAGGGAGAAAGGGUCGUCUAGCAUCAGCAAGUGCCUGGUUAUAAAGCAUCAAGCACUCAGGAUGAAAACAGGAGCUUCAUGCAACAAAUUACAGACUCCGUGGGACUCAGAGCGGGACGAGUGGUGGGACGAGGCGAUGAGCGACUCCUCUGAGGACUGUGAGCCUGAAUGGCUGGACGCCGAAGAUCCGCUCUUCAUCCUCUACACCAGCGGCUCCACCGGCAAACCUAAAGGUGUCGUCCACACCGUCGCCGGGUAUCUGCUCUACACCUUCCUCACCUUCAAGUGCGUUUUUGAUUAUCACCAUGACGACGUGUACUGGUGCACAGCAGACAUCGGCUGGAUCACGGGUCACUCAUACAUAACCUACGGCCCUCUUGCAAACGGCGCCACCAGCGUUCUCUUUGAGGGAAUCCCAGUCCACCCGCAUGUCGGCCGGUUCUGGGAGAUCAUAGAGAAGUACAAGGUGACCAAGUUUUACACGGCUCCCACCGCCAUCCGCCUGCUGAUGAAGUACGGACAAGAACCGCUGCAGAAGUACGACCUCUCCUCCCUGAGGAUUCUGGGUACUGUAGGCGAGCCGAUUAAUCCCGAGGCGUGGCUGUGGUACUACAAGACGGUCGGUCAGAGCCGAUGCCCCGUGGUCGACACGUUCUGGCAGACGGAGACGGGAGGUCAUGUUUUGACACCUCUACCUGCUGCCACGCCUCUGAAACCAGGAUCAGCUACAUUUCCUUUUUUCGGAGUAGAGCCAACCAUUUUGAACGAACAUGGAGAAGAAGUGGAAGGCGAGGCCGAAGGCUAUCUGGUUUUCAGAAAGCCCUGGCCGGGAAUAAUGCGCACAGUUUAUGAAAACCACGAACGCUUCGAAAACACCUACUUCAAGAAAUUCCCUGGCUUUUAUGUGACUGGUGACGGCGCCAGGCGGGAUAAAGACGGAUACUUCUGGAUCACAGGGAGGAUAGACGACAUGUUGAACGUGUCGGGCCACCUCCUGAGCACAGCGGAGGUGGAGGCGGCGCUGACGCUGCACUCAGCCGUGUCGGAGGCCGCCGUGGUGAGCCGACCUCACCAGGUGAAGGGAGAGUGCCUCUACUGCUUCGUCACCCUCAAAGACAGCUGGGAGUUCGACAAGAAGACGGUGGCGGAGCUGAAGACGCUGGUAAGAGAGAAAAUCGGACCAAUCGCCACACCAGACUUUAUUCAAAACGCCCCGGCGCUGCCGAAGACGCGUUCAGGAAAGAUAAUGAGGCGAAUCCUCCGGCAGAUCGCGCGCAACGAGAAGGACCUGGGUGACCUUUCCACACUGGCCGACCCCAAGGUGGUGGAGGUGUUGUUCAGCCAGAGGAGCAAGGCCGCCGCCUGAGGAGGCGCUCAGAAAUUUAGAAAAUAAUUUUUAAAGCCAAAGAAAAUGUUUUUAUUGUAGAUUUUUGGGCCAACAUAUUGUAAUUUUUUUAAAGUGAUUUAUUUUUCUGCUGACACUUUAUGUAUAUUUCCACAUUAAUCCAGCCAUAAUAAAACGUGUCAUCCGUU